AUGCUGGAGACCAUAGCGGUGGCGGGCAUCUGGACCAGGGAGCGUCGCAGGGCGGCCAACCUCAACCAAGAAGGCGACGACACCUGCGCGAGAUGCGGCGAGGCGAUAGAGACAGAGGAACACCGCUACUACGCAUGCCCUGCCAACGCAGAGAUAGGGCACAGCAGUGACACCGACCUGGCGAAGAAGGCGAAGGACGCGCUGGACCAGCGGCAAUGCCUGCACUUCUGGCUCCGAGGCAUCCCGCCAGCGGCCUGGGCAGCCAAGGUCGACCCAGACGAGGACGCGGCGAAGGCGGCGCAGAUCUUCUGCACCAGCGAAGAGGCUCAGGCGGCAGCCCAGUCAGGGUACAAGGUUCGAGCAGACUAUGUCUUCACGGACGGCUCAGGUGGUGCAGGGGAAACGGCCAAGGACCCCCGCCUCAGACGCUGCGGCUGGGCAGUGGUGGCCUUCAGGUUCGACGAACAAGGACGUCCGCAGGAAGUGGCCGCCUGGUACGGCACGAUCAGGGCACCGCACACGGUGCCACGGGCAGAGCUCACCGCCAUGAGCAAAGCCAUCGGGUACACCACGGCGGCGACAGCCAGGGGGCUCAACAUAGUCAGCGAUUGCAAGUACGCCCUGGACGCACUCAAGCAGAUCCAGGAUCCUGAGGAUCUGGACUACAGGAGCACGAACUACGACCUCUGGCUCCAGACGAAGCAGCAGCUGCAGAACAGCACGGACACCAUCAUGGGCCACCACAUCCCAAGCCACCUGAUUGAGCACCCAGCCGAGCUGGAGAGGUGGAAUGGUCCCACCUGGUGGGUCAUAGGAAACGAGAUGGCAGACAAGUACGCAGGCUGGGGAGCGGAGCAUGGAGCACUGGAUCCAGCCAUCAUCGCGCAGCAGCAGAUCAGGGACCAUAUCACCGGACAAAGCAUCAGAGACUGGCUGGCAGAGACGGGAGAAUGCCUCGGGAAGUACGGCGGCCACCAGGACCAGCACGGCAACGUCAGGCUCGACUUCAAGGCGGUGCAGAUCGGCACGCAGGUGGUGCACGUCUCCCACAAGACGCAGUUCACCCAUGGCUGGCUCUGGUGCGAGAAAUGUGGCGGCACCAGCUACCUUGGGGACCACAAGAGCAGGAUCGUGGCAGGAGUGGCAAGGAAGCUGGCAAGGCCAUGCCAGCCCCCAACAGCAGCAGGGCGGCGGGUCUUGGCGGACACGCAGAGGGGCAAGCUGCCAAGAGGAGCUAAGCCAGCAGCAGACCCAGCUGAUGAGGGUCUCAACGAGAUCACCAUGCCUGGUGAUUUCAAGCUCGGCCUGAGUAACCACGAGGCGAUCGACCUGGACGGGGGCAGCUCAGAGGCAGGGGACCCGCAGCCAGCUCCACAGCAGCCACCCAGCCAUCCGUACUCUGUCGUCCACGCCAGCUGGAGUCUCGUGGACCACAUGGAGGGCUACGCGGAGCAGUGGAUGAACAUGGUCGACCAAGAGGUCUGGGACGACAUGGACGACUGGAUGGAGCAUUGCGUACCGUACCUCCUGGCCAUCACCAAUGUGGGUGGCGGAACGGACACGCAAGAGCAGACCAGGGCCGUCACCGUGCAGGAGCUUCAGCAGAUCAAGGACUUCUGCGAAGAAGUCUGGCGCAACACGCACCGCACGCGACGGAGGCUCAUGACCAGGAUGCUGACCCUCCCGUACGGUACAAGGCAGCAGGCAGCAAGAGUGCACAUGGACGCCUUCCAGAACAGAAGGAACAACAUCCUAGCGCACAGCAUCCCCAGCAGCGAGCGCAGGCCGCUGCCGAGAACAGCGGAGGCCAGCCGAGAGUGGUCACCAGAGAACCUGGACGAUGAUGACUCGACCCCAGACAGUGAAGCCCCAGAGCUGGAGGGUGAGCCGAGCAACCAGGAGAUGGAGACCAUGGCAGGACCUGAACAGAGGCACGACGCCAACAGCCUGAUGCAGACGGCUGUGCAGGUGGCAGUAACGCUGACCAAGCCAGUGGGGCCCGACCUGAUGAAGUUCGUGAGCGAAGCCGAUGAGGCCGGCCUGCUCCACCCAAGGCUUCGACACAACAAAGGAGAAGCUGACCAGGACCCCGAGCAGGAGGUGGCGUGGCUCGAGAGGAACAGGCUCGAGCAGCUCAUGCAGUCGCUGGCAGGCUGCUGGAGCCAGAAAGAGGGCGAACAGGGCUGGCCAUCGCGGCAGGCUGCGUGCGUGCCCCAUGUGCUGAGGGCGCUGCAGACUGGUGUCUACCAGAGGCUGUUCAGCAACGUGUCAGGGCCGAGCCGCCAGCGCAGCCAGCGCCGAGCGGCGGAGGAGAUCUGCCGCCUGGCACGGCUCAACAGCGGAGAGGCGCGCAGGCAGAUCCAGCAGCAGGACCCGAAGGAGGCAGAGCGGCGCAGAGCAAUGGCUGAGCAGUUCCUGGGCGUGACUGAGCCAGUGGUGAGGAGCCGCAGACGGAGCACCAUGGACAUGGCAGACCUCGACCACUUCUUUGAAGAGGAGUUCAGCGAGGAUUGCCUCCAGCAGCCCGUAGACAAGCAGGACAGCGAUGACAACCACCAGCAGAUCCCAGAUGUACAGCACAGCAUAGGGUACCACCUGGCAGACCGCAGAGGCCACAAAACAGCGCAGCCCGAGACGACGGCAGACUACGACGACACAGACCUGCAGCGGGACUUGGAGAAGUUUUUCGGCGACUUUCCCCAGCGCGGUGAGGGGUUAGACCGCAUGGAACCCCUGCGUGGCGAGGGGUUAGGCCACGGCAAUCCCCAGCGCGGUGAGGGGUUAGGCCGCAGUGCCAAAGGCAAUCAGAGGCUCGAGGCGGAGGUCCCUGACGAGCCCAGUGAGCAUGACGCGGACCUUUUGACCAACAGUGUGGUAGACAGGCCGGGGAACGGCAAGGAGCCCGCCCGCCCGCAGCCCAGGGGCUGCCAGGAUGCGAUCCCGAUGCGUCCAGUUGUGAUACUUUCCGGGGACUCGUCGAAGUUCUUCCUGGUGAUCAAGGCUGAAGCAGGUUGGGACAUCUUAGGCGCGUUGGUGCUCGAGCCCUUGCUUCGUGUAUCUGGUUCACGCAUGGCCGAGGGGCGGGCGCUUUGGGGAGAGGCCGUGCUUGUUUUUUUAGGACUCUCCACGGCCCGGCGGCCUCCGCAGGGGGCCGCUCGCCGCAUGGCCUCGGCGUUGGGCCCCGCGCCCGGCGCGCCGCCCACCGCCGCCGCGCCCGCUGGCGCGCCGCUCCCCGCCGACCCAGGCCCACGGAGCGCGCCCGUCGUGCGCGAGGUGAUCGUGGAGCGCCCGGUGGUCGUAGACGAGCGCAGCGUGUACCCUGUCAACGUGCACGUGCGGCGGCUGAGCGGGCCCCCCCAGGUGACGGUGCGCGGCGUCGUCCAGGACCAGCUGCUCCGCGACAUGCAGAAGUACGAGAUCCCCAUCCCGUCGCCGCUGGAUGAGCUUCCAGAGGACGACUCCCUGCCCGCCUUUCCGUACCACGACCCCGCCAUGGGGUGCGAGUUCAGGCUCCACCAGCCGAGCCGGGACUUCCUUGACUAUGCCUUCUCGCAGGUGCAGCCAGACCAGCGUCCCCCACUGCAGGUCCUGCACGAGCGGCACCGCUGGCAGGAGGCCUGGGAGUCCGAGGAGGGCCGGUCGUCGACGGCGGUCUCGACGAUUGUCUUGAAGUUGGCUCGCCUCCGUCGAUUCUUUUGGGCUCAUCUCGUCACGGCCGGGAGAGCCGCCGCCGUCCAGGGCCUGGAGAGGCUGCUGGCGGCAACCAGUGUCGACCCGCUGGCUGGACUUUUCCUAUAA